AACUACACUUCCCAUAAAACAUUGAGCUCGAGCACCUUGGUCUCCAUGACAGUUUUGUUAUUGUUGUUUAGUAGAUAAUCAUGGAUGGAUGAAGAAUACAACUACUUUUCUUUUCAAUAAACCCUUCCUAAUAAAUCAGUCAACGAUAUGGUGGAAUAAUCAAAUUUCCGUUUCAUGUUCUCGGACUCUUUUCUCUCAUUCACACAAGGGUUUGUUUGGUAGGUCAGGUUCGGCCCAGCUCAGUUCUGGAUAACUACACGUUUUCUAUCAGCUCAGUUGUGUUCCGGUCUGUGUGGUUCCUGUUUGUGAAGAAUGAGAGAGUGCAGCAGCAGCGGUCGGGUCCGGACACAGGAGGCUCGGAGUCGGAUCACAGGAUUGAUGGAGAAGAUGCGUCUGUAACAGCAUCAGGAGGAUGAUUUCACGAUACAGCCGUCGGCCUGUAUCCCACAGCCUAGAGAUUCGUGGUUUGUCCCGCAGCUGCCCGGACCAGCAUCCUCUUCCUGAGGAGGCAGAUGAUGAUACUGGGCAUCCUCCCAGACUCCUGCAUGAUCUACAGGAGGACAUGUCCUCAUACAGCAGGUCUGAGGAGUCCUCUGCAUCAUCCAUCAGAUCAGGAUGUCAGACACUCACCACAGAUGACACAGCGCAGUCUUGGUCUGGUAUCCAUAGUUACACAGGAACUGGCAUCUCUACAGAACGUAGCUCUGUCUUCUCGUGGGGCUACGAUGAAUUUGAUAAAGCCGCUUCCAGGCAGGUCCAGCAGAUGUUUGAAGAGAUUGAAGAACAGUUGUAUGAGAGGAAGUGUGAAACUCAGCUCAAAGGCCUGCAGGAAGAGUGUCAAGAGUGGGCUUCACGAUUCCCUCACCUCCGGAUCCUCGGAACGCAGCUGGUGUGUCCCACAGACGAAGGAUUCCAGUGGUACGCCACCCCAGCUCACACUCCCAUCAUCUCCAAGGCAGGCCAGAGCAAAGAGAUAACCGCCAAUGAGUUGUGUGUGCAGGGUCGGAGGGCUGUUUUGUGUCAGCCCUCUGUGGAGGUGACCCAGCAUGUCACGCCCAGCAGUAACCACGGAGAUGAGAUGCCCAGGGUGAUUGAGGCCGAGGGGCUGAUAGAAGAGUAUCUCGCCUUCGACUGCAGGGACCUGGAUGAGGAAUGGGAACGCGAUUAUGUGAACAGACGGCGAAGGCGCUGCCUGCCCCCUGUCUCGCCCUAUCGCUGUCGUCGGGAGGCGGUGCUUGGUCUGCUGUUUGAUGAUGUGUGGCGUGAGCUCAUUGGCUGGAUUGAGGAGCUUGUGCGUAGGCAUUGGGAGGGUUUUGUGUCAGAUGAUGAGAAGAAUGCCGUGGCUCUCAGCCCUGCGUGCCCUGAUACCCAUAAUCCUUUUUUGCUGCUGUCCAAUGUCUCAUCAGUGCUUCCUCCACUGUCACAGAGCAGAACACAGCAGCUCACGGCCAGCUUGCAGGCCCAGAGCUCAAAGUCAUGGGGUUCAAAGCACAAGUCAAGACGGAAAUCCAAAAAGCAGAGAAAGUCAUCGACUACCAGUCGAGUGCCAGUAGGGGCGGCGGUUGCUCAUCACAAUUUCAAUGACCUCAUCAUGAUACAUGGCAUUCCACUUCAGCAAAGGAACCUGGGAACUCUGGACCGAAUAUCUCAAGACUCUGAGGAGAAAGUGUCCCAUCGUCCCGGGUCUAGUGUCAUUCCCACCAGUAAACUUCGGCCCCGUCGUGCACUGGAACAAAGCUCCUCAUCCUUGACUCGCCCCCCUCAGUCGGCACGGCGACGGAACCCACCUCCUCGCACUCUGAUGCCAUUGACAUCCAGUGUAACACAGGCCAUCACAACCGGCUCCAUGGAAGAGGUGGUUAGAGGCACAAGAUUGACGACCGCCAGUGAUCGUUUGACCUCUCCUCCAAUGCCUCUCAGUAGAAACACACUUCUCCCUCCUAUUGGCACAGGAGACACAGAUCUCACCUACUCCGGACAGCACUCAAGGCUUAUUCAGAAGCAGAGAGGCUCCUCGAGUCGUGCACAUAGUGCAGUGACCGACGAGGGUGUCAGUCUGCAGCCCCGUGACAAAAUGCACUUGCUGGACGUGUUUUCCAGACCCAACACCACACACACCUUUAGGUCAGACACCCCUUAUCGCCGUUCAUUUACUGGAAUAGACACCAUCGGUCAGGGACGACCUGGCAGAGCAUCUGUUGGCAUAGAUUCUCUGGGAAUUGGUGUGACUGGAAUCAGUUUGGGUAUCAGCAGCUCCUCCUUUAUAGACUCAUUUUCCCAUCACCCCCAUGGCCACUUCCCCAUUGAGCAUGAGGAGGAGCCAGAUGCAAAAGCUCCGCCCCCAGUGUCUGUUCAAGCACGUUCCCACAACAGAGGCGGUACGACGGCACGCAGUAGCAGACCAGGGCUUUAACACAAAAAACAUGCACACACACACGCAUACACACAAUCUCACUCACCUUCUUGAACCAAACGCACCUCAGCACUGACGCAACUUUUCUUCAGUACUGACAGAUGCUUUAUACGUCUGCUGGACUUUUGUAUGACACGCCAUUUGGGUGUGGACUAUAUUUAUGACCACAGUAGUUAUUAUCAAUAUUAAUGUUAUUUAUGUUGUUGUUUGAAAUUUUCUAAAACCCUAUUUUUGUAUAUUGGACUAUUCAGCUUCAUUUGGCUGCCAAAUACAGGAAACUGUCUAUCCAUUACAUCUGUAGAUGUACUCUACAUGCUGUACUGUAUGGAGUAACAACUUUUGGUUUUCCCUAAAGACGGGUCGAUGAGGCCUACAUGGAGUUUCUAUGCAGGUUCAUACAAGCAGGGUGUUUAAAUUACCUGAAUGUUGCCCGCACCGGAUUGUUCAAGACUAUUGGAUUUUGGAACCUGCUAUGGAAGAUUAUACUGUCUAUAUCCUAGACAGAUGUUCCAACGUGAUGCAAUUCCAACAACUUAUCCACAAUCAUAGAAAAUAGGUGUGUAAGAAUUCUUGUGAAGAUUCCAAGGUUAUAAGCCUUUUUAUCAUGUUUCUGUGAUCUUGGGAUGUUCGAUAGCAUUGAAACUGAGCAGAGCUUCAGUGUAGAACCUCAAUGACCCCGUUUUUCAGAGUUACACUGAAAUUCUGGAAGUAUAUCUGCAAUACCAAGGUGGGACAGUACAAUUGUACAGCCUACUACAUAAUGAUGGGCGGAAAGAGGAUUGAAAGUGUUAAGUUUCUUAUUAAAACAUUUUGUCAUUGAGAAAGUGAGCCUUAAAGUGGGUGAAAUUUUGCAGGCAUUUUUCAAUUGUAAAUCCCGUAGCGAUGUAUGAAACAGCUCACACAGAAAUCACUUGCUUUCAAUCGUGAAAUUUCCCAUCCUCACGUGAAACUCACAAUUGUACGGAUUUCUGUCGCAAUGAAUAGAAUUCACCCGCAAAAAAAUGCACAGAGCAAUGGUAAAUGUGACAGCACCUUCAGUCCUGUGAGCCAUACGGAGCUUGGAAAGCGAUGGACAGGACAGUGUGUAACAGAAAACAGAAACGCACACAAAGAACGCAGAGAUUUCAGGGUUUGUUCAAACGUGUACUGUAAAAAUCUUUUUUUUUUGAUGGAUUUCACAGGAAUAUUAUAGGGAAAGUCUUUAAUAUAGUUUUUUUUUAAAUGGCCAUUUGGUUUCUUUGGUGCCAGGAAAUCCUUAAAUAUUUAACACUGACUGGUAAAGCACAUUUUGACGUACCGUUUUACUGGCAGAUAUUGAAUGUGGCUCUUACAGGUUUGUAUUGUUUAUGUGGCAGCUUCACUGUAACAGCAUUUAAUGAAAUCGUACUGACUCUAACUGAACAUUUACAUUUCUCAGAUUUGAUUAACGUGUUGAUCUCAGUGAGUGAGUAUUGCUUUUAAUCGACUUUUUUUUUUUUUGUUUAUCUGGAGAGUAACCAAGCUCAAAGCAUGUAUUAUGAAUGUACAGGCCAUUAUAAUGUUUGAUGAUCAGAGAGAUGAGAGAUGGAUUCCUCUACAGCCAUACCGAAGGGGUGUCACAGAAAGACAUCUCUUCAUACCCCAGCCUAACGCCUCCGCCUCUAAGACAGAUUCAAAUAUUCUUUGCUCAGCUCGGCAAGGACAAUCCAGAGUCGAAGAAGUUGUAGCCAUAUUUGACUUCUAGAGUUUCUAUAUUCGACAGAGAUUUCUAGAGUUCCAGUAGACAUUUUGCCGUCUUGAGUUUCAUUGCUUUGAUUUGAGUGGGCAGAUUUCAAGAGCCAUGUCACCUGAAUUAACAGACCAUGCUGGUCUUUUAAAUAUGGAUGCAAGGGGACAUGUUUCGUAAGUGGAAAUAAUGGUUUAUCUGCUCUGAAUCUUGUGAUGACAGUGCUGGAUGGGAGUGUGUGUGAUUGUGCAUGUGGAGGUGACAGCUCCUGGCAGGUGUAGCACUGCUGUAUCUAAGAUUCCCCUUAAAUGUUUACCUCUGUAACAUUGAGAAUGGCAAUUGAAAAAAAUAAAGGGUAAUUAUUUGAACAA